CUCGUUGCCCGGCCUGGCGGCCGGCCUUUCCUCUAAGGGCCGGAAGGGCGGGGCUUCCGGCGGGAGUUCGCGCGAAGCCUGCCGGGGCUUGGAGUCCUUCCCGUGGGAGCGGCGGCGGAGAUGGCGUCCGGCGGGAGCGGCGAGUUCGGCUCCGGGGCCCGCCUGGACCCGGGGGCGCUGAUGGAGCAAGUCAAGGUCCAGAUCGCUGUGGCCAACGCCCAGGAGCUCCUGCAGAGGAUGACGGACAAGUGCUUCCGGAAGUGCAUCGGGAAACCUGGGAGCUCCCUGGAUAACUCCGAGCAGAAGUGCAUCGCCAUGUGCAUGGACCGCUACAUGGACGCCUGGAACACCGUCUCGAGGGCCUACAACUCCCGGCUGCAGCGGGAGCGAGCCAACAUGUGACGGCGGCCUGACGGGGCCCUUCCCAUGCUGCACGGACUCACGUAGGGCAGGGUGGGUUGUGGCCACUCGGGGGGGGGGGAGACAGGUUUCUCCAGCUGGGACACCGCCUGUGGGGCAGACAUUAAAGUGAGCACGGGCCGCCCCACCA